CCUGUCUUGUGGCAAUUGCAGUAAAUCUAUCAGUGGAUGUUGAUCAAGGCUUCACUGUCUAACAAUGAAAAGAUCUUUAUCAAGACCUCAGCAACUCAAAGAGCAGCUCCUUCAGGCCAUUGAUGCUCAAAAUAAUAUUCAGAAUUUGCCGGCCGUAUUGGACGUAAUAUGCUGUCUGGAAAAUUUCCCCAUGACAAAAGAGGCUCUGGUGGAAACCAGGCUUGGAAAGCUGAUCAACGAUUUGAGAAAAAGGAGCACAGAUGAAGCACUUGUUAAACGUUUGAAAAAACUCGUACGAAGUUGGCAGAAGCUUCUAGGACAAAAUGAAGCCACAGCAAAAGAGUUCUCAUGCUGUGCGCAGAGAAUCAAAUCGACUCCAGCAGAAUGCAUUUCUGGAUCAACUCAAACCUUGCCUGAAAAUCACAGCAAAACAGUUUCCAGCAGUAAUUUGAGCCAAAGAGCUGAAAUGUCUCGUCCUGUGGCGGGUCAACCCAUCAAUUAUCUUUCCAUUGUCAGACCAAGUCGAAUUCCUGUCCGUGCAAUCAAACCUUAUUCCUCAUUCCUCGAGCAUUCAAAACAAUCUAGUGCUUCCUCGAGCCUGAGAUCAUCUCUGUCUAAUCAACAUUCUCAAGACCACAAAAACAUAAUUGCCAGAGACUUCCAGAAGUCCCAAAGAUAUGGCACCUCUACCAACCUCAGCACCACAAAAAACAUAUUAGUUGCCAAGGAACCAGCAGUGUGCAGCACUACACUUGAUCUACCUUCAAAAUCUUCCAUCCAGGAUUCACACACAAAGACAUCAGAGCUCAUGAAGAACCACAACAACUUACUCAAACCUGCACCUUUGAAAGUUAACAAAGAUGAGGUCGCCAAGGGAAUGACAGAGACAAACUUAGGGACAUUUGAGAAUAAAACGAGGAAGAAUCAGCAUAGCAGCCGUACCGUCAAACUUGAGGAACGUUGCAAAGAAGAUAGUACCAAACUUGCACAAUUAAUAGGAAACAAGUUACCGUAUGACCCUCAUCCUCAACCAAUCAAAUCUAUAUCAAACAGCACAUCUGACCAGUUGAAAUGCUUUUGUCCUUUCCAGCAGGCAAACUGGAGAGAGUUGUCACAAAGUACGAUUAUUACGCCCAUCCCAAACCUUCAGAAUAGCUUGCUGACCUCAGACAGUCAAACUUUAGGGAUGAACCUCUCGGAGUCUGAAACCUUUAAGCAAGAGAAAUAUUACACCGAAGAGUGCCGUAAAACACCAAGAUUUAUACCAGAUUUCCCAGUCACAGACCUGCCAGGGGUGAGUCGAAAGCUCACUGAUAGAGACCUCCACAGGAUGCAGCGUCAGCAAUGGCAUGGCGUGAAUGGCUGUUAUGAUAACCAGAAUAACUGGCAUGAUUGGACUCAGUCCAUAACUCUGGAUCCAUAUGGGGAUGGGAGUAAACUUAAGAUCUCUCCUUAUGUUUGCUUAGAUUACAGACAUCGUCUUAAUAGUCCAAAUGUGUAUUCAUGA